AUGAACCCUAUCACCUUCGCAAUAUUUAUCACCAGCCUCUUUUGGCUUAACCUCAGCGACGCUAAAAUAGGGUACUUCUGGCACAUCACAGAUCUUCAUUACGACCCGUUCCACAACUCCCCGGAGUUCCAUAGAGGUUGCAAACAUCGCGGUAACAAUGACCACAAUCACAGAAAUGGCCGACACAGAGACCACACGUGCGACAGUUCCUGGCUGCUCAUACAGAGCGCCGUCUCCUUCAUGGCUGAGAGACACCCGGACACCUUGGAGUUCGUGCUUUGGACUGGCGACAUAUUAUCUUCAUCCAUGGAACACCUGAGUGACGAAAUCAAAAUGGAGGCCGUGAGAAAUGUGACAGAUCUUCUAAGCAGGACGUUCAGUAGCCAAUUCGUCUUCCCAGCACUAGGACACAAUGAUCCACCUCCUUCUAGAAGACUCAUUGAUAUGUGGAUGCAGUGGUUACCAUCUGAUGCAUUGGCGACUUUUGAAACAGGCGGCUACUAUACGAUAGAACAAUCAUACAGUAAGCUUCGCAUCGUCGUAUUGAAUAGCGUGCUGUGGGCUGGAGGAGCGGCGAAGACAGAUGGCCCUCAUAGAGGUCGGGCUCAGUGGGAAUGGUUGGAGCACGUUCUCAGCAAAGCCAGGAGGAAAAAUGAAAUGGUAUACUUAGUAGCCCAUGCUGGUCCAGGAGUUGAAGAACGACAUAACGCUGGUAGUUCUUCUGCGGCUGGUGGGGGAGAACUAACGCCAACGGCCAACUCGAACUUAGUGCGGAUUAUAAAAGCCUUCAGUGACGUCAUUGCUGGGCAGUUCUACGGCCAUCGUCAUACCGACACCUUCAGGCUUAUGUACAAUGAAGGUCGACCGGUGUCGUGGGCAUUAUUGGCGCCUUCGAUAACACCAAGGGGAGCUGGUAGCACGUCGAACCCAGGUCUGAGGCUAUACAAGUUUGAUACGAAUAACGGAAAAGUGUUAGACUACACACAAUUUUACUUAGAUGUUACUAAUAAAAAGGGCGAGGUACAUUGGGCAGUGGAAUACAAUCUAACACAAUACUACAAUCUGAGGGAAAUAACUGCUGUCUCAUUAGACAAUUUGUCGAAAAAAAUUCGAAACUACAACGACCGCACCUUCUUGAACAAGUAUCUCCUGGCUCUCCACGUCCGACACUCCACUGACGUCUCGAACUGCGACGCAACAUGUGUCCACGUCCACUACUGUGCCAUAACUCACGCGGAAUUUCACGAAUUCCGCGCAUGCGUAAGAAACCCAGCAUCUGCUCUUGCGUCGCGCGCUCCACACUUGUCCUCUGCCAUUUUACUUUACGCUAUUGUACUUCUUCUCUGUUCUAGAAAACACUAA